GGUAAACAAACGGCAUACUUUUUUGUUAUGGAAGAAGAUAUAUGUAUGUAUGGAAUCUUCAAGUCUGCACGUUUAAAUUUGGCGAAUAAUUGACAUGCUCUAAUAACGCUCUUAUUAAAAACAAAAUCAAAGGCUGCUUUAACAUCAAUGAAUGGCUAGUCAAUAAGUGUGUUACAGUUGUAAAGUGUCACUUAUAUUUGUUUAAACUCAAAGGUCUCGCUGUGAAUGCAAGAGAACUGAAGCAAGGAAAGAUGACAGCUUAUAUUACCGACCAAUCUCGACAAUACAUUGUUAUUGCUACGCGGGACACUUAUAGUAGUUUUUAUCCUCCCUACUGUGCGGCGUAGUAUUUUUUCGAUACUGAUUUAACAGGAAUGUAGUGUUAUAACAGAGGCAAAUAUGAAAUGGAUGUAGCAAUAUUUUUUGUGAAGGUUUCGUUACAAGAUAAAGAUGUGAGACAUAACAGAAGUGCUUAUAAGCCAUGACUCGAAACUCGGCGAUUUCCGUUGUACAGCUGGCCGUUUCCGGUACCCUUUACCUCGGCGUCUUCAUCACGUGCGCGUUGUUUAUCCACUUCCUGCUCACAGAAAACGCCGCCCGCCUGCAAUCAUGGUUUAUGCCGUGCCUCGGGAUACUUCUGCUGCCGUCGGUCAUCGUUCAACUCGUGUCGGCGGUGCUUCUCCUAGGCCACCGCGGGGACCAGAUGUCGGCGACGUCAUCGGUCGUCAUCGCCGUCUUCCACAUCCUGCAGGUCGGCUUCCUGUGGCGCCACGUGGACCUGUUCCGAGAAUGUGACCCGAACAUGAAAAUGCGCGCGAGCAGGCAGCUCAAUCGUUUGCAACUAUUGUUCACGGUCAUCGCCAUUAUCCCUGUUCUUCUGAUUCAGACCUUCAUUAUAUUUCACUACGAACAGUUGCACUGGAAAACCAUCGCUCCGGUUGCCGUGUCGUUAGUAAGCGGCUUCUUCUACCUCGCUUCAUACAGACGGACGUACGCAGAGAAGUCAAGUUAUCUUGUUCAAACGUGUUCAGUUUCGCAGACGAUGUUACGACUAACGUGGCGGUGCGGAGAAUUGGCCUCAAGAAGCAUUUCGUUAAUUGUGUUCGCUUCGAUAUAUUAUUUUUGGAUCUUCCUUGUGGUUGGAUUACAUGGACUGGCCAUGAUGGUGUGCCUAUGUACGCCAAUUUUCGGCUUCCAAGAUUCAAAGGGCAAAACUAGAACCAGCCGAACGCUUAUCAGUUUGAUGUACACUUUUAUUUACACAUUUGUAUUUGUUAAUUAUCACAAACAAAAUUCUGUGUUCCGAUAUUCGUUUUACUACUUGAUUAUGUGCCUUGAAAACGGCGUUCUUUUGACUGUGUGGUAUUUGCAAUCAACUCAAGCUCUGCAGAUAUUUAAUAAACACGCGGUACUAGCAGUUUCAUGUGGCGCCUAUUUAAUCGGAGUUACCGCCCUUGUAGUGCUUAAGACUUGGUUCGAAACAAGGGAGGCUAUCGAUUCUGAAACUGAGAUUAUUUGCCAACAAAGUGAGUGCAUAAACUGCAAAUUGAGCAUAUGUUCAAAGCAUAACAUCAAACACCAGAGACCGUUCAGUGCGGGCUGGAUGUCCCAGUACAAUACCGCCACUACGAAUGGAAACUAUUACAAGAAUAUUCUUCAGGAUUCUUAUUUCGAUUCGGACGUGGUCUCGACAGCGGAAUUGUUGAAUUCUUCCGGUGAACAUUGCCAUAUUCGGGAUACUGAUGUAGAGAGUGUAAAGAAAGAUGAGAAAGAAAACAAGGUCGCCGUGCAGGCGUCCGGAACAUACACUCACAAACGUUUCUUCGACUCUAAUUCUAGUAUAGCGCGCUUCAACGACGCCGAUUCCAUUACAAGCGGAAGUGGAGUAUACGACGAGGAUUGGCGCCAAAAACCGGACGGCAUUAUGACCCAGUUGUCGGCGAUAGACGCACUGAGUCUUGUCAGCAGCAGAACACAUUUGUUAACAGACAGUUGGGAUAGUCUGAUGCAACAGAGCGGUGAAACACAAUGUGACACAAAAUCUCCAAAAAAGAUUGACAUAAUGAAUUCCUUAAUUCGGAAGGAUCUGGACACUAGCUUUUUCUCCGAAGGCUAUUCUACAGAUCAUACGCUUGAAAGUUACCAACUUCCGGUUACGGUCCUCGCUAAAACCCGUCCUAACCGUCCACGGAAGGUGGGGACCGCUUAUUCGGCUGCCUCCGAUUCGACGGACUGUACAAUAUGCGCGUUCAUGCGGCAAAACGAAUCUAGUCCCGAACCCCCGGCCAACAUUCCAGAUCCGGAUUUCGACCCGAUUGUUUCUGUGGAGACACGCGCAGAACGCAGACGACGUCGACGACGAGAAUACAACGCCAGUCGAUCAUCAAGUGCAGCUGUGUUACAAAAACAGAGACGCUAUUCAGAUAAGAGCGAUUCUGAACAUUCAUAUAAGCAGAAAUACGAGAAGGCUUCCGAAAGACAAUCCAGGCGGCAGGCAAUAAUUAUAAGUUCUACCUCAAAACAUGCCAGACAAUUCACCGAAUCAUCUUCAGAAGACCAUCACAGAAAAUUUCUCAAAUCGGAUUUGUCAAGCCAUAAAAAACAGACUCCAUCAUCAUCUUAUGAAUACCAAGUGCCUCUUAAACUACUCAGAAAAUGUGCUAAAUCGGAAACUACCGACUUGUCUAUGUUAAACCAGUAUGAUGCAAAUUGCCGAAUGGAAGUGUCGAGCGACUCGGCAGAUUCUGCAUAUCCUCGGUAUACUCCGGUGAACGAACGGACGGAGCCGAUUCAUCAUCGGCAUACACCGCUCGAUGCGUACCUGGCUGCAACCGACGACGACAAAGACGGGACUAGUGAGUCGUCAUGUGAAAUGAUAAUUUGAAUAUCGGUUUUACUUAAAUAAUUGUAUUGAUUGAGAGAAUGUUUUAAGGCAACACGUUGGAACAUUAUAUUUCAAACGACAUAGAUUUGUUUAUGUUUUCUUAUUAACGCUAAUGUUUUAAUAACUCAUUGAAGCCACAGGUGGUUAGCGUGUGGCUAUGAUAUUAAUUAGUGAAAACAACAUUUUGAAUGAUAAAUAAUCAUAUUAUAACGAAAAAUUAACUUUUCUGAAAAGAAUUUCACUAUCAAAUAUAUAUAUAACAAGGUAUGCAACUCAAAAUCAGCCCAAAACGGGGUGCAUCGCUUUGAACAGCCAUAUCUUCAUCAAUUGUGCAGCGAUUUUCACGAUCUCGGUCUUAUUCAACGCAGAAAUGAAUUUCCUUUCUGGAAAUGUAUAUGUCUUGCAAUAUUUUUCAAAAUGCUGGUUCAACUUUUAAGAAAUAACACGAUAAACAAAUCGCAUGACCCAGUUGACAGUGAUCAUGCAGUCUUUAAGACUGAAAUCUUCACGGAGUAAAGGGCAACUUCCCUAUAAAGUUCAUGUAGUUCGAUACCAGAAUUCAAUAAAACGUAUGAAAAAAACAUUAUAACCGUUCGUGUCGUUACAUUAUGCAUCAAGACUAACUGUCCAGCGUAGUUUGAAACCUUUGUUUACAUACAUUUCAACUAACUGACAUUUUAAACAUACGAGUGAUUUCAUUGGUCCAAUGCGGAGGUGUGUCUUUACAACUGGAGAUAACAUUCAUAAAGACUGCAUGUUCACUGUCAACUGGGUCAUGAGUUUUGUUUAUCGUGUUAUUUCUUAAAAGUUGACCCAGCAUUUGUAAAAAUAUUGCAAGACAUAAACAUUUCCAGAAAGGAAAUUCAUUUCUGCGUUGAAUAAGACCGAGAUCGUGAAAUUCGCUGCACAAUGAUAUGGCUGUUCAAAGCGAUGCACCCCGUUUUGGGGUGAUUUUGAGUUGCAUACCUUGUUAUAUAUAUAUUUGAUAGUGAAAUUUGUUUUUCAGAAAAGUUUAUUUUUCGUUAUAAUAUGAUUAUUUAUCAUUCAAAAUGAUGUUUUCGCUAAUUAAUAUCAUAGCCACACGCUAACCACCUGUGAUUGAAGCGUAUGUUAUCGCAAGAUAUUGUUCGAUCCGCUGUUAUACAAAGUCUGUAUUUUGAUUUAGAAUUGGUGCAGGGAAAUUGUUACGCGAUCUAAAUACCGAAUGCAUAGUAGAUAGUUACAAUACUUAUUUGUGUUGAUGCCUUACGAUUUUUCAAACUUAUAUUGCUUGUUAUGAAAUUGACGAAUCGAAGAAUCCAUUUAUUUAGUUGUUGAUAUGUUGUUUUUUCUAAUUGUAUUGUUACGGGUAAAAUAAAAAGUAUGCA